AACAUAUUAUUGGCUCAGAAGCUUCCGGCUUCUUCCUCUUGGGGGAGAUUAACAGGACUGAUAAAAUCAAUACUACGAUGAGUAGUUUUUCGGAUUAGGUUGAGGGAAAAUUACAUUCCUUACACAGUUUUGUCCUUUGGCUCAAAGUUUUCUCUCGUAUUUGUCGUGUGGGAUAAACGAGGAACAGUCGGCUGUCAACUAAAGUGGAUUAUUUUGCUCGAAGCGGAUUGCAGCCAUGAUGGCGUCAAGCUACAACGCUAAGGAAGAGGACGGACACCACUCCGGUGCUUCGAGUCACGGCGGCCCGGGCGCUGUGAAAAGUAAAAAGCCGGACAACACGGCGUUCAAACAGCAGAGACUACCUGCCUGGCAGCCCAUCUUGACAGCCGGAACCGUGCUACCUGCUUUCUUCGUUAUCGGUCUCAUCUUCAUCCCCAUCGGCAUCGGCCUAUAUGUCACAUCAAACAACAUCAAAGAGUUCGAGAUUGAUUACACUGGUGUGGACAUAUCCAGUCCAUGCCACAGCUGUGCCAAAAACUACAGCUGGAACAGCACAAGUCCAUGCGUCUGCUCUGUCACCUUCACAUUGGAGCAGCCAUUUGAGAGCAAUGUCUUCAUGUACUACGGCUUAUCCAACUUCUAUCAGAACCACAGACGCUAUGUGAAGUCCAGGGAUGACAGCCAACUGAAUGGUGACCGGUCUGCUUUGACGAACCCCAGCAAAGAAUGUGAGCCGUACCGUACGAGUGAUAAAAUGCCGAUUGCUCCAUGUGGGGCCAUAGCUAACAGCCUUUUUAAUGACACUUUGGAACUGUAUCAUAUCGAUUCCAAUGGCAACAAAAGUGCAAUUCCUCUGGUAAAGAAGGGCAUUGCGUGGUGGACGGACAAGCAUGUGAAGUUCAGGAAUCCCGGUGGAAACAACAACCUUACUGUAGCUUUCCAAGACACAACCAAGCCAGUGAACUGGAGAAAGCCAGUGUAUGAGCUGGACCCAUCAGAUCCUGACAACAAUGGCUUUAUCAAUGAGGACUUCAUCGUGUGGAUGCGCACGGCUGCGUUGCCCACUUUUCGCAAGCUCUAUCGCAUCAUCCAGAAGAAGCCUAACAUAACCCCAACUCUACCCAGUGGCAAAUAUGUCCUGGAUAUCAAUUACAAUUACCCAGUGCUCAGCUUUGAUGGUCGCAAGCGGAUGAUCCUGAGCACCAUCUCCUGGAUGGGAGGAAAGAACCCCUUCCUGGGCAUCGCCUACAUCACUGUGGGCUCCAUCUGCUUCUUCCUGGGCGUUGUUCUGCUCAUCAUCCACCACAAAUAUGACACUCGCAGCAACAGUGCAGAUAUUCCCAACUAAACAGUUCUUGUAUGGCGUUCUCCCGCCUCUGCAUUCCUGGAUGACCCUAAAGGGUCCUUUCUGGACUGCCUGUUGAUUUUUAGUGUGAAUACACUGUAAAUGUCUGUUGUGUGUUUAUGUAAGAGCAGUAGUGUCUCCUGUGUCUCUUCAAAAGUUGUUUUAAUGUAUAGGACAACUAAGGCAAAAGAGGAAGCUAGAGUCUGUGUCUCUGUGCAUAUAGCUUCAAGUUGGCUGCUGAGAAUGUCAUGUCCUGUCUUCAUUUUUUUUCUAUUUAUCUAUACAUUAUCAAAGUGUUUGUGUCUCAUUGUAGCAGUGCUUUGCGAAUGGCUUAAUUAUUGAAGGAUGUAUGUAUUUUUAACGCACGUUCUUGUCCAUAUUAUGCACUGCAAUAUGUCCUGCUGAUGAAUGUACCAUUAUAUUUCAUUGACAUACCUCUGUGGUUUUUGAGAUUACCUUGAAUAUAGGAUGGGAUGAUCGUUGCUUGUGUGCCGUUACUUAUGGUAAGCAUUGACGUUCAAUAAGAAGUAUUUUACCCUUGCAAAGUCAUAGAAUAUGUAUGACAAAUAGUACCACAAGUGUGAUUACCCUCAGCUGUGACUGGUUUUAAAGGAAACUGAACCAGUCAUGAGACAUCCAUUUUUUAAAAAAUUAUUUAAGAUACUCUUACAAUCUAAAGCUUAUAAAUGAUGGGAUCAUUAUGUGAUAUCCAGUAUUCUUAAUUAUAAGUCUCUGGGCAAUCUCCCUGGCUAAUAUGAGCAUUUGGCCUGAGUGUUAAAUUAUUUUGCUUUCUUCAAUGUUGACCAAAUUAUAUGCACUUUAAAAGUGUCUCAUUUGUUAAGUUGUCCCCUUUGUUUCACUCCAUCCUCUGUUACAUCAUUGCAUUAUUGGUAAAUUCAGUUAAUUGUUUAAAUUUGAAAUUUAUAGGUUUUAUAAAGUUUGUAGGGUCCAAUUAAAGAAGUUGGUCAAUG